UGUCUUUUGGCGUAUUCCCGAGAAGAAAAGAAAGUCAAAAUUGUCAAAAAUAUUGAAAUAUCAACUAUGGUCGUGUUGCCGAAAUUUUUUCCGUUUAUUUCAUGUAGAUGUGUGUGUUCCCAACACAAUUUGCCGCCAUUUGGCCUUUUAAAAUAUGUGUUUACUCCUAGUAAUAGGCAGUCAGCCCGUUUAUCAUCAAUCAUACCUAAAGAAAGUCAACAUGUUGCACCAAGAUAUGAUUUUGUUGAUCUGUAUGAUUUUGCAAUCUAUGCAAGAGGACCAGGACGAAUCAAGUCAAAGACAAUAGAAGCUGCAAGGAUAUCUAUUGUAAGAAAAACCAAAACUAGACAAUUGUGGAAAAUUGAGCCUACAACACCAGUAACAAAAAAAGCCUUAGGCAGUCGUAUGGGAAAAGGUCAAGGUAAAGUUGAUCACUAUGUUGCCACAGUGAAAGAAGGUCAAGUUGUGUUUCAAUUUAAUUGUGACAAUGAAACGAAAGCCAGUGAAGCUUUUAGGUUGGUGACUUUUUUACUACCUAUGAAGCUUUAUUUCAGAAAGCGACCACCUGCUCAAAAAAUAAUGUGGACAGAAUUUUAAGUUUAAGACUCAAUGAACAUGGUUACCUUGUCAUAUAUGUGUAACACUCACAGAUAGAAAUUUUGGACUUACGUAGUUGCUCAACAUCUUUUGAUAGAUGAUACGUAUUUUGUUUGCAAUGAAGCUGAAGAGAUGAUUUGAAAAACCUCGGAAGUUUUCGUGAACCAUAAUAUAUUUUAGCAUAUAUUGAGAAAUAGUUUCUUGUUUGUAUGAAUUUAUUUUGUUGUCUUAUAAAGUGCUUGAGAUCGUCCCAAAAUAUUCACAUAAA